AUGUCCACCAGCACCCACAGCCACGCCGGCAGCCAGCAGUUCCCGGGGAACUGCACCCUGGAGAAGGCCCUGAAUACCGUGGUGGAUGUGUUCCACCAGUACAGCGUCCGCAAGGGCCUGAACGACCUCCUGAACCUCAGCGAAUUAAAGACGCUGCUGGAGGAGCAGGUGCCGUCCUUCCUGAGGACCUGCAACAGGAACCAGGCCGGCUACUUGGACAAGCUUUUCCAGGAGACCGACCUGAACAAGGACAAGGAGGUGAACUUUGAGGAGUUCACCAUCUUGCUCAGCAAGCUGGCCGACGACGCCCACCGCAUCAGCCACGGCUCCGACCGCUGCGGGCCGGACCGGGACUGA